UUUUCCUCAAAAGAAAGAAAAAAAAAAAAAAAAAUUUCCAGGCACACGCACAAACCCAUAUAUAGUAUUCGAUUUUCCAAAGCAUAUAGUAAGUUUAGUAACAAUCUAAUCUGAUCCGACCACCCAAAUUUCGGAGUUUCAGGUUUCUCUGUCUUUGACUCUUUGUCCUUGUCUUUCCCACAAAACCCAUUAAUAAAAAAUAAAUAAACAAAAAAUAAACGAAAAAUAAAUUACAAUAACACGACUAGAAUCUCUCUUUCUUUCUUCCUUUCAAGUCCUCAGCUCUUCCUAAAGGUGAAGAAAUAUAGCCAUAAGUUAGUAGUAUCAAGAAAUUUGUGAUUUAUAAACAGAAUAGAGAGGGUACUGGUUUGUGGAGGCUGUGGGACUUCUGCGAGCUGAGCGCCUCUCUUAUUUGUUGUUUCUUAUUUAUCAAAGUAGACUUAUUGCGACAGGAGCUGUUUCUUCUUGAGGCAUAUGCAUACCACAAUUGAUUUCUGUUGAUGAGAUUGGAGAGUUUCUGUGGAGGGUUUUAAGUGGAAGAAAAAGAUUACGGCUGGCAAAAUGGGUGCCGUCUGUUGUUGUUUGAAUAAUGAUGACUUAGAAGAGUAUGUGAAUCCAACUAGUGCUGUAUAUAGGAACUGUACAUGUCUCAGUUGCUUUGUUCAGAACCUUCUUAAUGUGUAUACAUCACUAUUUAGAAGAGGGGAAGUGAAUUCCAUCCCUUCGUCUAUUCAGGGGGCAGCAUCUAUGACUUCUACAGCAUCACUGGACAACUCUCUAUCUGGCAUGUAUCGUUCUCCUCCAAGGCCCUUGCCUUAUGAUGCUGACCCCAGAUAUUUCCGCUUGCAGCGGGAUGGACUUGUCUCUAGACGUGAGAAGGGAUCAAGUCAUUCACAUGAGGAGACAGAGCCUCUAAGAAGUGAUGUUGAUACAGAUCCGGAAUCUUUAAAUUCAGGAGACAAAUGGAAUGAAUCUGCUUGUGAAGAUGGAUCAAAAGAAUACCGUUCUAAAUCCUCAGUUAAGAUCUCAUCAGCAAAAACUACUAUAACUGGAGUUGGAAACUUUUAUACAUCAUCAGAAGAUGAGGACGUCUGUCCUACAUGUCUUGAAGAAUAUACUACAGAGAACCCCAAGAUAAUGACCAAAUGCUCUCAUCAUUUUCACCUGAGUUGCAUUUAUGAGUGGAUGGAGAGAAGUGACAGUUGUCCAGUUUGUGGCAAGGUGAUGGUAUUCGAUGAAACAACAUAAUCUUGAUUGAAAGGUUUUCGUUGUAGAGGAAGCCAGCAACACACGGAGAGGAGAAAGAAAACCAAAGUGUAGUCAUUGUGAAUAUCAGAGGUUAAAGUGUUUGUUAUAUAUAGUAAAUAUUAAAAAUUGUUCCUCAUAUCGAUUGUUGUGAGUACGUGUUCCAAAUGUCCUUAAUUCCUUCACUGUUUCUAAUUGAAACAAGCUUGCAAUUUUAUUUGAAAUACGGCUAUGGUUUCUUCA